AUGAUCAAGGAAAACAAGGCCGUCACUCAGAGUGAAAUACAAGCCUCGUGGCUGCGCCAGGACCUCGAGAAGCAGAUGCCGCGUCGCUGGACGGCUGGUGACGUUUACGCGCCGCACGAUAUCUCUCCCGUCGAGUCGACUAAGUGGCGGCGCAAGAGGACCACGCCGAGCUUGGAUGCGUUUGAUACGCUGGCGUUGGAUCCGCUCAAGGAGUACAAGAACUUCUCCGUCAUGUCCGAGUACAUGACCGAAAUGGGCCGGAUCAAGCAUUCAAAGGUCACUGGUCUGCGUCCCGUCAACCAGCGCCGCGUCGCGAAGGCCAUCCGGCGCUCAAUCGGCAUCGGCAUCAUGCCGAGCGUCCACAUCCACCCGGAACUCAUCAAGUCGUCCGUCGGCCAACUUACUGGCAAGAAGUUGUAA